AUGAAAGGGUUAAGUAGACGCCUAUGUGGUGACAUCCCCCGCUGGGUCCCGAAGAGUGUUCCAACUGUCCUCGCUGCAGGCUGCGCCAUAUCCUCCCGCAUCGGCCUCGCGGAGCGCGCCAUGGUGUUGGAUGCACUCGGCCCCUUCCACAUCAUCUACUUCGCCCUGGUGGUGUUUUUCGGGGCCUUCUAUCUGCUCAACUUGGUUCUUGCCGUUGUGGCCGAUGCGUACGAGCAGGAGGCACGGAUCACCGAAAAGGAGGGGAUGAAACGAGAAGCGCAAGAACAGGAGAAGCCAGGCGUUGCUUCGUUGGGUACACCGCCACCACUAUCAUCGUCGUCGGAAGAUUCCAAAGAGAAGAGGAAAGCCUCGCUCUUGACUGUGGAGGUGAACGAGAAUCUCAUCCGCCGACUCCUCCCUUUAACCCAAACCUAUCUGGAUCGGAAGACAAAGGAACAGAAGACGAGCGAGGCCUACAGUAAUUUUCUGAAAGAAGGGAGAGGAGGAGGGGGUUUCGUGCAAUUCCUCCAGGGGCACGUCCCCUAUUUAAAGAGGAUGCAUGGUCACCGCCGGGCGACCCAGUCUCACAAGCUCGUCACGGCAUUGCGUCGAAUGGCAACGAUGGAAGAUGAAGAAGUUCCUGCAAGUCGAAUUCAUUCGGGUCCUCUUCGUGGUUUCAAACGCUUCUUGGAUCGUGCUCGAGGUUGUCGGGAUCCCCCUGGAAUCGACAGACUUAAAGUCCAAGGGGAAGAGUUAGACUUCCCGAGGAAGGCGUCUCUUAAACUGGGUUCUCACCCCCUGGAACCCCAUUUCGUAAUGCCACCUUCCGAAGACAAAGAGGACGAGGAAUUGUACCAUCAUGGUACCAAUGUACCAUCUCACGUCCCCUCGGAUGAGCCGGAACGGGAAACGGAGCUGAGGGGAGAAUCGGAAACGGGAGUGUCGAGGUCAAAUGAGCUGUCUUCUUCGCACUUCAGGAGAAUUCUUCUUCCUCAGCAGCAUUCUAUCGCCGAUUCCGGUAUCGAAGGAGAUGACAAUGAUCCCGAUUACACCAUCCAAAUUGUAGACAUCCCUACUCAUGGCGACAAGCUUGUGAUGGAUUGGAAUGGAUUUGGGAUGUACUCGAAGUUUCCCAGUGAGAGAGCCAAAGCAGGGGUUACACUUCUGGACGAACCUCAGAAAGUUGUCGAUCGAAAUCCUCGAUGCAUCCAGCGGGUCUUCGGAGGAUACGGUUUUUAUAAGAAUUGGUUGAACGUCCAGAAUGGAUUGUAUGUGGUUGUUGAAGAUCCCUGCUUUGAAACUCUGGUCAUGAUUGCCAUCGUCAUCAACACAAUCUGUCUCGCCCUCUAUCAUCACAAUAUGGACGAGAGCUUCCGCCACAGUCUGGACACCAUCAACACGGUUCUCACGGGACUGUUCGUGUUGGAGGCGGCACUAAAACUCCUUUGCUUGGGAGUGGAAUACCCGACGGGCUGGAACAUUUUCGAUCUCAUCGUCGUUAUCGUCUCCUUAUUGGAAUUGAUCAUCGGAGACGUUGGAGGAACCUCUGCUUUUCGGAGCCUCAGACUGCUCCGUGUGUUUCGACUUGCUCAAUCGUGGGUGACGAUGAGAGCCCUACUUGCCAUAAUCUGGGCCACUUUAGGAGCCCUGGGAAAUCUCACCGUCGUACUUCUCAUCGUCAUCUACAUGUUUGCUGUUCUUGGCAUGCAACUCUUCGGCCACCUGUAUAUCGAGGAGAAUUUUCCGGAUGAUAAUCUCCCCCGGUGGAAUUUCCAGGACUUCCUCCAUUCCUUCCUCAUGAUUUUUCGUAUACUGUGCGGAGAAUGGAUCGAGCCCUUGUGGGAUUGUAUGAAAGCCCAGGAAGAUGAGAAUAACUUGAAGGAAUCGUGCAUCCUCUUGUUCAUUCCUGUGCUUGUCAUGGGGAACUUCCUCAUCCUGAACUUGUUCCUCGCCUUGCUCCUCAACUCCUUCAAUUCCGAAGACCUGAAAAACAGAGAGGAGGAGAUGAGAAGAGAGCGAGCACCAACCCGCUAUGACUCCUUCAAGUCCGCCGUCAGCUCCAGAUUGAAUUUUAUGGAAGGAGAGGGGGGCACGAGUCACUUUGACUUCCCUGGUGACUCCAGCGUUGCGCGGAAUGUCCCCGGUUACCGUUCGGAAGAACGACAGCACAAGGAGAUGUUGGAUGAUAGAGGAACUCCUUCAAAAAUGCUGCUUGGAGAUGCUGGGCCGAGGAGGAAAAGGAAAAAGGGUAAGGAUGGGAGAAAGGAAGUUUUAAUCAAGUCAGAGGGAGAGAGGAUUCAGGUUACCGUUACAUCUGCUGUGAGGAACAUUGUGCCUCAUGAAGAUGCAACGCCAACCUUACUGAAUGUCCCGAUCUCUGUUGUGGUGGCACCUCCCACCCCAGCUCCUAGUACCCCCAACUCAUCGCACACUACCCCUCUACCUGACCAGCAAAUCGAAGAUCUUGAAGAGUCAGGUAAGAAGGACCUCAUGAAUGAUAUGAAUGAUCGAGUCUUGGAACCAGAAUCAUGCUGUCCCGCCCUCUGUUACAAGUGCCUCGGUGACUGUGAUAAUCCAUACCAGCGGUUGGUCCUGAUAUGUCGUCGAAUCGUGUUGAAACUCGUCCAGCACUCAGCCUUCGAAGGCAUCAUUUUAGUCCUGAUCAUCUUGUCAAGUUUGAGUCUGUGUUUCGAGGACAUUUACCUGGAGCAGAGGCCAACCCUCAUUCUCGUCCUCCGUUAUGUCAACACAUUCUUUGCAGUGGCUUUCACGAUAGAAGGGUUCCUCAAGAUCUUCGCUUUUGGUGCCUGGACUUAUUUCACUAAUUUCUGGACACUUCUGGACUUUUUCAUCGUCGUCCUGGUGGUGUACGCGUUGAUGCAAGCCAUCCCAGCCAUCUUCAACGUCCUACUUGUCUGCAUGGUGUUCUGGCUCGUCUUUGCCAUCAUGGGGGUUCAGUUCUUCGCUGGCCGAUUCUACAAGUGUGUCGAUUUCGACGGGAACAGACUUCCUGUCAGUGUGGUGGAUAACAAAGGAGCUUGUCUAGCUCAAAACUACACCUGGGAGAAUUCACUAAUCAACUUCGACCAUGUUGGAAAUGCAUAUCUAGCUCUUUUUCAAGUUGCCACAUUUGAAGGUUGGUUAGACAUUAUGGCUCAAGCCAGUGACAUCAGAGGUAUGAAUCUUCAGCCCGAGAGAGAAGUCAACAUGUUUUCAUACCUCUACUUCGUCAUCUUCAUCGUUUUUGGGGCUUUCUUCACGCUCAACCUCUUCAUUGGAGUCAUCAUCGAUAACUUCAACGUGUUGAAGAAGAAGUACGAUGGGAGAUUCCUGGAAUUGUUGCUCACGAAGAGUCAGAAGAAUUACUACGCUGCUCUGAAGAAAUUGAGUAGGAAGAAGCCCCAACGUGUGAUUCGAAGGCCACAAAAUCCCUUCAUGGCCUUCUUCUACGAUCUCUCCAUGUCUAGAAGAUUCGAAAUCGUGAUAUUCGUGGUGAUAUUAGCUAACAUGGGAGUGAUGGCUCUCGAUCACUAUCAACAAACGGAGGCGAUGAUGGAGAUCUUGGAUUCCAUUAACACCGUCUUUGUCGUUCUUUACUCCAUGGAGGCCAUGAUCAAGCUGCUUGGUCUCCGUUUAUGGUAUUUCACGGUUCCGUGGAACAUAUUCGACUUCAUCCUCCUCAUAUCUUCCAUUAUUGCCCUGAUCCUGGACUACUUCAGGGAUAUUGCUCUGCCCAUAAAUCCGGUGAUCCUUCGCGUGGCCAGGGUCUUCCGUGUUGGACGAAUCCUUCGCCUCGUCAGGGCUGCGAAGGGGAUCCGAAAGCUGUUGUUUGCAUUGGCCAUUUCCUUGCCGGCUCUCUUCAACAUCGGAGCACUCCUCUUGCUCAUCACAUUCAUCUAUGCCAUUCUCGGCACAUCCCUCUUCGGACACAUCGCUCACAAUGGGGCUAUCGACGCCUCUGUCAACUUCGAGACUUUCCCCAGGAGCAUGCUCGUUCUCUUCAGGUUGCUGACAGCGGCCGGACACAGCGACAUCUUGGCGUCUCUGAUGGUAGAGCCACCCGAAUGCGACCCCACUCUCCCUGGCACAUUCCAUGGAUCCUGUGGCACUCCUGCCUUAGCCACCUUCUAUCUCGUCUCCUUCCUCCUCAUCAACAACCUAAUCAUAAUCAACAUGUAUAUCGCCAUAAUUCUCGAAAACUAUUCUUUGGCUCAAGAAGAAGAGGAACUUGGAAUUGUGGAGGAUGACAUCGAGAUGUUUUACGUCCAUUGGGCCAAGUACGACCCAUAUGCAACUCAGUUCAUUCCAUUUUCGAACCUGAGCGAUUUUUUCGCUGGCUUGGAUCCUCCAUUGCAAGUGAAGAAACCCAACAAGGCAGCUAUUACUCAUUUCGACCUCCCCGUUUGCCAGGAUGAGAAAGUCCACUGUUUAGAUGUUCUCUAUGCCCUUGUCACUCAUGUUCUCGGAGAGGUCGAGGAAACCGAAGAACUCAAACAACUUCAACAGCAGAUGGAUGACAAAUUCAAGAGGCAAUUCCCAGUUCGAAAGGAGGCAGAGAUCAUAUUGACAACAUACGAAUGGCGUCUGAAGGAGCGAGCCGCCAUCAUCAUCGAACGAGCAUGGCGUGAUUUCAAGUAA